UGUAUUCGAUCAUUUGAGAUUGGACAUUAUUAAUUGCACUUGCAAAUUAUUGUUUGUUUGAUCCUGAACUAGAACAAUCAUGGAAACAUUGGCAAGGCGUAUCCCUGUUGUAAAGACCACUAUCGCCGGAACCAAUGAUAUAGGCAGGUUGUGUGUAGGGAACUCACGCGCGCUUAUUGUUCCAAUGGAGACUACUGAUGAGGAAUACGCACACUUGCAGAAGCGUCAUCCCUUUAAUAUUCCGCUUCUACGUCUUUAUAAGCAUGUACCUGAUCUAGGAACUCGUGUAGCAUGCAAUGAUUGUGUCGCACUAAUCGACCCUGAUCUUGAUGAGGAAAUUGAGUCUAUCAUAUCAAUAGUUCUUCAUGUUCGGGUUUACAGGCGUACCAUUGCAGGACUCAAUAAUGUGGGUAGCUUGUGUGUCAUAAAUGACUCUGGGGCUGUGGUACAUCACGAAGCCUCUAAUACAGAAAUUGAUGAGCUUUCUAAACUACUUAGAAAACCUGUGGAGGUCGGAACAGUUAAUAAAGGAAAUACGGAAUUCAUUGCUGAUGGAGUGGCAACGAAUUGCUGGGCUGUAUUCUGUGGUUCUGAGACAGCAAAUUACGAGCGCGCAUUGCUUGAGAGUGUCUUCAGGCCAAUCAAGUUGGAGCUUCCGCCAUACUAGUAGGGGUGAAUCAAGUUUUAAAAUAUCCUUUUGUGUUCUAAAAUGUUGAUGUUCUCCAACAUCACAAUUGUUAAAGUAUCUUAUUAAUAUCUCGUCAUAUAAUUUGUCUUUGUGCUAGUAAUAGACGUUGAACUCUAGAAUCACAAGUUGUCUUUUAAGUCUGUUGGAUUAUCUUCCCCUGUCUUCAUGAAUUUAGUGUAAUUAUU